CCGCGGGCGGCUUGCAACGCCGUCCGUAUCAUGGCUGCGGGAGCCGGAACGGCGGGCUCCGCUUCCGGCCCGGGUGUCGUGCGUGACCCGACGGCGUCACAGCCGAGGAAGCGGCCCGGCCGGGAGGGCGGGGAGGGCGCGCGGCGGUCGGACGCGAUGGCGGGAGGAGGCGGGAGCAGCGACGGCGGCGGGCGGGCGGCAGGCCGGCGGGCGUCCCGUAGCAGUGGGCGGGCGCGGCGGGGGCGCCACGAGCCCGGGCUGGGGGCCGCGGCGGAGCGGGGCGCGGGGGAAGCGCGGCUGGAGGAAGCGGUCAACCGCUGGGUGCUCAAGUUCUACUUCCACGAGGCGCUGCGGGCCUUUCGGGGUAGCCGGUAUGGGGACUUCAGGCAGAUCCGGGACAUCAUGCAGGCUUUGCUUGUCAGGCCCUUGGGGAAGGAGCAUGCCGUGUCCCGGUUGCUGCGGGUUAUGCAGUGUCUGUCGCGCAUUGAAGAAGGGGAAAAUUUAGACUGUUCCUUUGAUAUGGAGGCUGAGCUCACACCAUUGGAAUCAGCUAUCAAUGUGCUUGAGAUGAUUAAAACCGAAUUUACCCUGACAGAAGGAGUAGUCGAAUCCAGUAGAAAACUGGUCAAGGAAGCUGCUGUCAUUAUUUGUAUCAAAAAUAAAGAAUUUGAAAAGGCUUCAAAAAUUUUGAAAAAACAUAUGUCCAAGGACCCCACAACUCAGAAGCUGAGAAAUGAUCUCCUCAAUAUUAUCCGAGAAAAGAACUGGGCCCAUCCUGUUAUCCAGAAUUUUUCCUAUGAGACCUUCCAGCAGAAGAUGCUACGCUUCCUGGAGAGCCACCUGGAUGACACAGAGCCCUACCUCCUCACGAUGGCCAAGAAGGCUUUGAAAUCUGAGUCGGCUGCCUCAAGUACAGUGAAGGAAGAUAAACAACCACUUCCAGAGCCUGUGGAAAAACCACUCAGAGAGCCUCCAAGGCAGCUACAGAAUACUCCAACCAUCAUUGGAAUUCGGACUCUGAAGGGAGCUUUCAAGGCUCUGUCCACUGCACAGGAUUCAGAGGCAGCUUUCUCAAAACUGGACCAGAAAGAUUUGGUACUUCCUAAUCAAGCAUCCCUGUCAUCACCAGCCCUCAAAAACAAAAGACCCAGAAAAGAUGAACAUGACAGCUCAGCUUCUGCUGAGGGUGAGGGCAGCUCUGAACUGCAGCCCAGGAACAAGCGAAUGACAAUAAGCAGAUUGGUUUUGGAGGAGGACAGCCAGAGUUCUGACCCCAGCACAGGCCUCAGUUCUUCCCAGGAGGCUGUUCCAGCAUCACCAUCCAAGCCCACAGCUCUCAACCAACCUUACCCCAGGGAGAAGAAUCCCAAAGUAUCCAAAGGCAAGUGGAACAGCUCUAAUGGGGUUGAAGAAAAAGAGAGUUGGACGGAAGAAGACGAACUGUUUCAAGUUCAGGCAGCACCAGAUGAAGACAGUGCAACCAGUAUAACAAGAAAGCAGAAGUGGACUACAGAAGAAAGCGAGUGGAUCAGAGCUGGCGUGCAGAAAUACGGGGAAGGAAACUGGGCUGUCAUCUCUAAAAAUUACCCCUUUGUUAAUCGAACAGCUGUGAUGAUUAAGGAUCGCUGGCGGACCAUGAAAAAACUUGGCAUGAACUGAACAGGCUUUUGUUUCCACAGAAUCACAGGAGCAUGGUUUCUAACGAUAGUCCCUGAUAGUCUGCUGUUUCCUUCAGAAGCUGGCCUGGAAUGAGAAUUUUGGGCAUCCUCCUUCAGUGUGGGCAGGUUCCCCGUCCACUUCAUUACUGUUGGAGAUCAUGGAACUAAGAGGCAAAGCCAAGCCUGCCCCUGCCCUUGGCAGAGAUGAUGGGCACACAGCUUGUACAGUGCCAGAAUGUCAUUAGUGUUUCCUUUCUUUAGUGGUUUGCUUAAAUUUAAAUCCCCAGUAAUCUGUAGAACCUUCUCCUAGGAAAUGAUGGAGUCUAUUAGGAGCCACUUAUGUCUCCAUGACCUGUUAAAACCAGCAACAUGAGUAUUAUCUGAAGUGAACUUGUUCCAGGUAAAGUUUUGGCCUUCUGACGCAAACGUGAAGGAAUUCCGUCUCUUACAAGCCCAGGUUGAUGAGAGACCAGUCCUUACGGAAUCAGAUUCCUUUUAAAAACUGUUAAGCCACUUGUGACGUCAACCCUAAAUCCAGCUGCCUUGCAUUUGCUCUUAAUAUGUGCCGGGCUAUGUCGGCAGGCUUAUCCUCCACUUUUUGUGGUUGAAACAGUGUGGUUUUUUGGUAAAAUGGUGAUUGUAGAUAAGCUUAGCCCCUUCCCCACCACUCCUUCUAGUUUCCUUCUUUAUGCUGUGCUUUUAAAGCUUAAAAAAAAGUCCUGAUUGAAUAUAAAUGCCUAAUUCCGUUUUUUGUGAGAUGGUUGCUUCCACCUGAUUCCCUAAUAGUGCUGUUUAUGUCUUGUACUGGAAUUCAACAUUCCCUUCUCCUUUUGUACUGUGUUGUGCUUGCUGUCUUUCUCACAUCCUUACAGACUGUCUUUUUAGCAAAAAAAUUCAGUAAAGUGUUUUCUGUAAUCUUUUUUAAAAAUGAGAGCUAAUUAUUGUCCAUACUUGUAGCAUUCUUCAUUAAAGUCCUGCUUCUCUCAGUUUGAAGUAGAUGUUUAAUUGCAGCACAGCAUGUGUUCACAUGAUAAACUUUUCUGA